UCCACUAGGCACUACAUCAUGCUCUGUAUGACUCUAUGACUUUAUGAGUCUGCCGUUCAAAGAAAAUAAGGAUGUUUGGAGAAGCUGAGUGGAAGAGGAUUCCCACACACAACCAAAGCUGCCGAGCUGCGGUGUAUGAUACUGUUUUUGCUAAGUAAAUAUUUGCACCACACGCCUGCAUGUCAGUUGUGCGCCAAGGCUCGACGCGAUAGUACGUUUUCGUGUCGGCGGCCUUUUAGCUAGCUGGCUACCGCUCUCGAGGUCGGUGAGUUCGCUGGUGAAUUAUCGACAUCACAAUCAUCCCUGCACUAGGCUGGAGUAAAGAUCUAGCGUGAGUAGCGGUUUGGUGGCGUCCCUGCGCUAACGUAAAAGUCGAGGAGGACGGCUAACGGUGAGUAGAGUAGUGGAGGUGAAAUGGGCGAGUCGUCCAAACGACGUAGGGAAGCUCGCUAGCAGUAGGGCUGAUACCGAAUGCACCAACGGAGGCGACUUCGCUUGCGUAGCGUGUGCAUGAUCGUUUCUUGUCGUUGGCGCUUGGCGCAAACCUAACUGCCUCGGUUCCCGAGCUUCGUACGCACCCGCGUGGCCCGCUGUUGGCCCGCACAUGGAUCAUUCUCGCGGCACUUACCCUUCUGGCAGCGCUGGGGCAGCGGGCUCCGGGAGUGGGCACCACAACGGAGCGACGGCAGCGGCUGCGAUGAACGGAGACCUGUCGAGAUCGGCACCAGGCGUGCGGAACCAACUGCUGGAAGCCCAGUUGGGCCAGGCCUCCUCGUCGCUCGGGUGCCUAUCGGGAAAGUUCCUGGAAACGCCAGAGAUCAACAUCUGCGAGAUGGGCAGCCUGGAAGACCUGGACAUCCUUGAGGAGCUGGAGGGCCUGGAAGAGGUCUGCGUGGAUUCUGAACCAGAGGAUGGUGACGAUACGUCCGAUGUGUCCUCCCAGUACAGCGAUAGCUUUGCGUCCAUUCAGGACCUGCUGUCGAAAGCGCCGGAGAAGCGCAGCGCCGACGACCUGGACGUGAUCAUGGACUAUAUCCAGCACCUACCGGCGUUCGCCAACAUGACGCUGCCCGUGCGGGAGAAGCUGUGCGCCCUCAUGCGCCUGCAGACGUACGAGCGAGCACGCACGGUGCUGGUGCGCUCCGGCGAAGAGGUGGACCGCUGGUGGGUGGUGUUCGGCGGCGCGGUGGAGCUCGUACGCGAGUCCUACGAGCCAGCCGUCUUCCACCUGGGCGAGGCGUUUGGCGUGUCGCGCGCCCACAAGAAGAAGGUCAUUCAGGCGGGCUCGCUGGUGACGCGCGGCACGGAAACGCUGCUGCUGAGCGUCGCCGCGGAGCAGUUCCACGACGUGUUUGCGCAGUCGGAGCAGGCCACCGUGGAGGUGGUGGAGGACGGCGCGCUGGUGAUGGUCACGGAGUAUCGCAAGACGGGCAAGACGGAGUGGGGCCAGGUGGUGGUGCGUGGCGCGCGGGCCAAGCUCGUGGCGCACCUGGUCGUGGGAGACUACGACCCGGCGUACGCCGAGGACUUCCUCCUGACGUAUCGCACGUUCAUGACGGCAACGGAGCUCGCCGAGCUCCUCGAGCAGCUGUUCCUGCACGCCGAGCUGCGCGACCGCGUGGCCCGCGUGGUGCUGCUCUGGGCGAACAAUCACAUCGAGGACUUCAACGGCUCGGUGGAGAUGAUCGGCUUUCUACGCACGUUCCGCCGCCAGCUGGAGGAGACGAACUUCCUGGGCGAGCUGCGGCUGCUGACAAUAGCCGUGCAGAGUAAGGGGACUUUCCCACUUGUAGAGCAUGCUGGCGGCGAUUCAGACGCUCCUCAUGACCAACAGCAUGUGGCGGGCAGGUCACGCCUGGCACCCCAGCAGCACGCGCACCAGAACGGCAUCAGCGGGCACCUCUCGUCUUCGUCCGGCGCUCUGAACGCCGUGGGCGGUGGGGGCGUCGGCGGGGCUGCGGACAGCUCUCCGCGCUCCUCCACGCUGUUCGGUCGGCGCCUGCACGGCUUUGCGAAGCGCUACGCGUCCACGUCGAACAUGCGCUCGGCAAGCAUGCGCGUCGCAUCGGCGCCGCACGCGCGCAAGACCUCUCUCUCCGUGCCCAUGAACAGCAGUCCCGCUGGCGGGGGUGGAGGGUCUUCUUCGGCGUCCGUGGUGGCAGCGUCGGCGAAUCGUCCCUCCAGACCCACGUCGCCGUCUAGCCUGUUGCCGCUGAGCGUGAUCAAGCUGUACCGGCACGAUCACCAGCACCGCUACCUGACGGUUGGCGCGGCGACAACGGCGCUGGACCUGGUGCGCAUGGGCGUGCGCCAGUUCGAGAUGCCCGACUCGGAGGAGUCGUUCUCGCUGUGCCGCAUCACCGUCAGCCAGCAGGGCGUGGUGCAGCAGACACGCCUACCGGACGCGUUUGCCAACCUGCCGGCGGAGCUGCGCCCAAUGUCGCGCUUCUACCUGAAGUCGAACAAGACGACGACGAACCUGGUGCACGGCAGCAGCCUGGUGACGGACAUCAUGCACGACGGCGCCUGCGAUCUCCUGAGCCUGGACACACGAGAUGUAGCACGCGUGGUCACGCUACAGAGCUUCCUGACGUUCCGCCGCAUCAGCGGGGCCGAGUACGUUAACUACAUCUGGGAUCUCAACGGUAAUGGCAGCGGCAGUGGUGGCAAGGAUCUUCCCGGGGGAAAGGAGCAGAGCGACUUUCAGCGUUUCUCCAGCACCACCAACAACGAGAUGUUCUGGGUGGUCACCGAGAUCGUCAGCGAGCCGUCGAUGCAGCAGCGCGUGCGCAAGAUCAAGUUUUUCCUGAAGGUGGCCAAGCUGUGCCGGUCGCUGCGCAACUUCAACACCAUGUUCGCCAUCACCAGCGGCCUGUCGUACGGGGCCGUCACGCGACUGCGCCAGACCUGGGAGAAGCUUGGCGCGCGCGAUAUCAAGAGCAUUGAGGAGAUGCAGAUCCUGAUGAAUCCGUCUCGCAACAUGCUCACCUACCGCUCAAUGGUGAGCAGCGUGUCCGCUCCCAUCGUCCCCUUCUUCCCCGUCGUCACCAAGGACCUGACCUUCAUCUACCUGGGCAACGACGACCGCAUCGACGGCCUCAUCAACUUCGAGAAGCUGCGCAUGAUGGCGCGGGAGAUUCGCCACAUCAACGGCUUCCACGCCAGCAGCUACGACGUCACGCGGAUGCUGCGCGACCCGAAAGACAAGCUGACGGACCGCGACGUACGUAAGAUCUACGAGCAGUGGUUCUCCAUGCGCCGCGUGGAGCACUACCUCAAGGACCUGAACAUCAUCAGUGACGAGGCGGAGCUGGACGCCAUGGCACAGAAAGCGGAGCCCCCGCCGAGCGUGCGAAACACCUCCGGUUCAACGCUGGAGAUCCGGUGAUAGCAGCGUGCACGAUGCAUGUGUGCAGCUGUGCAGGUCAGCGUUGUACGACCAUUGGGAUCUGAUCACAGAAUCAGAGUCUCCGUGUUUGUUUUCGUGGCAACCGUCCGCAGUCCCAGUCGACCGUGUUCGCAGCCGUGUUUGUUGCCUGGCAACCCUAGCCGUCACGAUGGAAAUGCGACAAGCACAUGCACCCGUGCGUUGGAUUUAGUUCUGCAAAGUCACAGCAUGGCAGCUAUGCACAUCAACCUGUUGCAAGUUAAGUGGAGCGAUGACGAUUGUCAUGUAGCAGGUUCCAGUAGCCGCCACCCCCAGCAAUCUACGGAGAGCGGUCGAACGGGCAAAGACGUGUUGCUUAUUACCGGUCACAUGUCUUACAAUGGCCGCGUUUCUGUCGUACCAUACCGUACACCUGCCGCCGUCGCUUCUGCUUCCGCUUCUCCUGCUGCCUCCGCCACUGCCACUCCUGUUGCCAGGUUAUCAUUCACUGAUGUCCGGCAGUAGUAGCUUAUGAUGUGUGCAGUGGAGGAAAGCACGACCAGGGCUUGCCAACAUUCACCGACAUGCAGCACCUAGCCGACAUACACCCGAGCAUGUGUAGCACACGGUGGCAAUCCCUUGUACUGCAGCAGUUAACAUCCUGUGUGUACGCGCGCAUGUCUAUGUGUACCUGUGCAUGCGUGCAGAAAACAUGACACAGAGCUAGACAAAAUGCACCUGAGUGUGUGUAGCACAGCGGGAAUCUCCUGUAGACGUUCACAACAGCACUAAGCCCAAUCAGCACUCGCGCUGCUGAUGUGUCGACAGCCGCUUGCCACAUGGCUUAGGUGCUGUUUUCCGACUUUUCUCUUUCCUCGUUUUACGGCACAGUCAAACGUGUCUGUGUGUGUUUUUUGUCCGUGUGUUUGUUCAUGUCCGUGCAUAUGACUUUAUCCUCGCUUGAGCCCGCAGCUUGAUUUCACGUUGAGUUUCUUCAGCUAAGCUUUGACACGCGUUGACCCAGCCCUCACUUGACCGCCGCUGCCACCAUGCCUGCUACAGCUAGCCCCGUUCACAUGCAUGCAUGCACCAGCUAGGCCAGGUCUCCUGCAUCGAGGCAGUGCCGAUACUGCCAUGAGCACACUGCGAGCACACAUCAGCCUGUGCCUGCGUCGCUCCCUGCCAAGCGCAGGGACGUUCCCUCACUGCCUAGCAUGACCUGCUAUGUGAGGGACAUUCUCUCGCUUAGCCUAGCCUGCACUGUCUGCUCAGUUCACCAGAAAACUGGCCACGCCACCAUGCAGAGUUGCCAGAGCUGCAAUUACUGCUGCUGAGCUGUGCAAUCAAUGUCCACACAUUUUUGGAGAACUUAUCAAGUCUUGUCGACAACAGCAUUCUGUUGACUUUGAUGCUAGAUGCUGGAGGCGAACCUGACAACCUAUAUCAUCUAUGAAUUCAAUUUUAUCUCUGUGUUAUAUAGAGGGCGCACUCAUAUUCACCAGGCUAGCAAUGAAUUGAUUAGUUUUUUUUCCGGGAGAUGAAAAGGAAAAUAGGUAUAAAUAAAAAUAUGUUCUCUUUCAUUCUCAUCUGAUCAAUUUUUGGCCACCGUCCGCACUAUAUGUACGACUACAUGUAUAGCUAUUAUUCCCGUAUAUGGGGUACCGAAGAACGUA